AAUAGUCUCAGUUCAUAAAUCUCUCUGCGAAAUUUCUUAUCGAAAAUUCUAUUUUUGGCUCUGACCUUUUUAUCAACAUUGCCACGUGGUUCUUCUAUCAAAAUUGUGAAAACAAAACUAGAGAAAAAAAAAACGGUGUAUUAUUUUUGUUUGUUUUCGAAUACAAAAAAGUAAAAUGUCAGUGAAGUGAUUUUUCAAUUUAAUGAAAAAAAUGUGUUUCAUGCUACUAAAUAAACAAAUUCUAUCAAAACGAUUUCCGAAUGUACAACUCUGGAUUACCUCUUGAAUAACUGAGCCACGACUGUUGUCAUUCACACUGAAAUCGCUUUUAGAAGAGAGAAAAAACCAUUUAAAUUAAGACAAAAACAUAUUGCCGCUUAGUUUCCAACAAAAUAUCAAUAAACGAGGAACAUAACUGCAACCCAACGAUAGACCGACAACAUCCAAUAAAUUGACUCUUUUCAUUUUGCAUUCUUUUUUUAGAAUUUAAAUUUGAAACUACUGUUAAUCGAAGGGAAUUUAGCAUAGUUUUAUCGAAAUCACACCAAAAACUGAACAUACACACAUACAAAUAAAAAACCACCACCUGACAAAAUGCCUGUGAAUAGUAGAGGCUUUAUCCAGCGAAAUUUGCUGACCAUUUUAACAUGUGUCGGUGUGCUAAGCGGUGUCGUAGUCGGUUUGGUAUUGAAAAAUUCAAGUUCAACGGAAUGGACAAAACGUGAAAUCAUGUACAUUCAAUAUCCCGGUGAUUUGUUUUUAAGAAUGCUUAAAUGUUUAAUAGUACCUUUAUUAGUGUCGUCAAUAACUCACGCCAUCGGCUCACUAGAUUUGAGCAUGUCCGGAAAGAUUGCCAAAAGAGCAAUCACAUACUAUAUGACGACGACGAUAUCGGCCGUCAUAUUGGGUAUUAUUCUAGUGACAACCAUUCGUCCAGGUGUUAUUGGCAGUGAUGAUAGUCAAAAAUUCGCAAAUGAUACUCCGAAAAGCGAACCGAAACGUGUCUACACAGUCGAUACAUUGCUCGAUUUAAUUCGAAAUGUAUUUCCACCGAAUAUUAUUGAAGCCACAAUUGCUCAAGUAAGUAUAAACAAGCAGGCGGAAAAAAUGAGACUCGAAAGAAUGUAUAUCCACAAAUAAAUCUACGUUGUUUGUUAUGUACAAGGAUACAAAGAAAAACGGUCGACAUAGACAAAACAAUUCAAUCGAGUAGCAAUUUUGUUUUUAUGGGUGUUCGUAAGGUUUCACAAAUAACAUUUACACCAACACGAAAUGUUAGACAAAAUAUGAUGCAAUUGAUUCAAAACACGUGCAAACGCACGAAAUACCAGCGCCAUAAACCAACGAAAGAAUAAAAUUCCACACAUUUGAUUAAAACCAACAACGUGUGACAAUAGUAAUAUUUUAGACGAAAUGUGGCAAAUUUGGUGCGUCAGAGGACCAAGUUUUCAAAAUUUGCACAUGAAGCACAGCCAAAAUGGCACGGAUAUUGAUUUAUAUGAUUCGAUUUCGCGUCUAAUGAACGAGUUAAUGUACGCAGUUUGUAAUGGUCUGGAUUAAAUUCCACCUGUAAAGUUGAAACAACAUUUAAUUGCUUUUAUAAAACGAAAAAAUAAAUAUGCAAUAAACCGGCUUGGAAUGUAUCUAAACUCAUAGAUGGUCAUAUUUAAAAGGAAUUCCACUAGAAAAAUGUGCGCAAAGCAUCCUUUUUAAUGAGUUCCUGGGUAAUUUUAUGGCAUCGCUUGAAUUAU